GCUCCAUCCGGGCUUUUCUGGAAGUUGUUUAGGUUACGAACAUGGCGUCGAUUGACGACUCGGAUAUCCCUGAAACUGGGGCAGUUUUCACAUUCGGGAAGAGCUACUUUGCAGAUAAUUUACCCAACAAGUUUUGGGUUAAAAAUGACAAAGUUUUACAGAUUGAAUGUGGAGAUGAACAUACUGCCCUUAUUACAAGUAGUGGUCGUAUCUUUAUGUUCGGCACCAACAACUGGGGCCAGCUCGGCCUGCCUGAUGUUAAGACUGCCAACAAACCUAGCUGUAUUAAAUCAUUAAAAACCGAAAAGUUGAAACUAGUGGCUUGUGGAAGGAAUCAUUCAAUAAUUGCAACAGAGUCUGGUAAACUCUUUACCUUUGGUGCUAAUGGAGAGGGACAGCUGGGAAUAGAGGAUAUAAAUGAUGCUAAUAUACCCCGCCAUAUAGACUCGCUAGAUGCCGUGCCGUACAGUAUGCUGGGGGCAGGUGUGGAACACUCCGUGGCACUCACAGAGGACGGCCGGGUGUUUGUGUGGGGUGGUGGGGGCGAGGGCCAGCUGGGCCUGGGGCAUGACACAGAGGUCCCCACCCCGAGGGAGCUUCCGUUUGAGGAGAAUGUUGUGUGUAUAGCAUGCGGCUACUACCACACAGCCCUUGUCACAGAGAACGGUUACUUGUACACAUUCGGUGAGACGGAGAAUGGUAAGCUUGGCCUGGGGGACAGCCCUGCUGAAUACGCCACCCCCCAACACGUGUCUUCCAUCACAGAGAAAGUCAAGUGGGUGGCCUGUGGGGGGUCACACACAGCUGUACUCACAGAGAGAGGGUCAGUGUAUACCUUUGGGGAGGGAGCUAACGGUCAGCUGGGACACGGCACCAUGGUUCUACAGACAGCCAUUCCACACCUGUUGAAACUGGACUUCAAGGCCGCACAUAUAGCUUGUGGGGAAAACAUCACAGCUGUUGUCUCAGAGGGUGGUCAGAUAUAUACAUGCGGCGAUGGUCGACACGGAAAAUUGGGUCUUGGACAGGAGAGCUUCUCUAAUCAGUUCAAACCCAGUAGGAUAGAUAGAUUUACAAAGUUCAAAGUCCAAAUGGUGUCUUGUGGAGGCUGUCACAUGAUCGUGACGGCACGGAAACGGAUCGAGAAUAAAGACGUUGACAUCGAAGAGGAAAUUGAGGAAGCCUCCCGGACAUUGAACCAGACAUUAAAUGGGCUGGACCUCAACAACAGCGCGUCGGCCCGGGAUCGGCGGCGGCAGACCAUGCCGAGUCCCAUGAUGUCACUCAACCGGACGCUGCCAUCACUAGGCAACAACCGCACGCUGCCAGUGCUCAAUGGCCAUGCCACACUGCCCAACUUGAAAAACCAGGAGAAUCUGCUGCAGAAGAGCAUGUUGCCUGGCAUCAAGAUAGAUGACAAGAAGGAGACAGAAUCAGAAGAGGAAAGUGAGGAAGACGAGGAGGAAGUUGGGAAAGAGAAGAAGAGAAUCACCCCCCAGCCACUACCCCGAGGAUCUCCCAGGACGAAGGCCCCCCAACCCAAGGACUCGGAGGACGAGGGGGUGGCAGGGUCGGAGGACGAGCAGGAGCAGGGGAUGGAGGAGGCGCUCCGGAGGAAGGAGAAGGAGGAGGAGGAGGAUCGUUGGAGCGAGGAGGAAGAGGAAAAGGUGGAGGAGAUUCAGAAUGGUGUGGAGGAAGAGGGGGAUGAUGAGCUGAGCGAUGAGAAGGAGAAUGAGGACCCCCAACCUCGCUCCCUGCCCGGCCCCACACCGACCCCCAGGAAGAAGGUCGAGGAGGAAGACGAAGAGGAAGAGGAAGAAGAAGACGAAGAAGAAGAGGAAGAGAAGAAAGGAAAGAAGGGCAAGAAAGACAAGAAAGACAAGAAGAAAGAAAAAGACAAGAAGAAAAAGAAGGGGGUGGGUCUGUUUGGGAAGAAGAAAACAGCUGAUGAAGAAGAUGACGAGGAGGAAGAAAAAGACGAGGAGGCGGAGGAGGAGGAUGUGAAGGGAAAGAAGAAGAAAGAUAAAAAAGAAAAGGAAAAGAAAGAUAAGAAGAAGGACAAGAAGAAGGGGAAGAAAGGCAAAGAGGACGAGGAUGAGGAAGCGGAGGAAGAGGAGAAGACAGACAAGAAAGACAAGAAGAAAGACAAGAAAGAUAAGAAGAAGGACAAAGACAAGAAAAAGAAAGGAAAGCAGGAAGAAGACGAGGAAGAAGAUGGCGAGGAGGACAAAGCAGAGGAUGGAGAGAAGGAGAAAAAAAAGCAGGAGGAGAAGAAGGAGGAAGCACCCCCACCCAAGAAGAAGUCCCGAUUCUGCACAAUAUUGUGAUCAAACUGAUGACUGAAUGUAGACAUUUAGCCUGAAAGUGUCCCAAGGGGAGACAAUUCAACGACUGCCAUAACCUCUAGAAGCUGGGUGCCAAGUGGAUAAAUAAAUGGAUGCUCAUAGUGUUUUGUAUAUAUGUCAAUAAGCUGACAUCACAAGGAGCAUAAGCCUCUUGGCUGAAGCAGCUAACGUGAUAUUCUGUCUCACUGAGGAAUUCCGCAUGUGACCAGUGCACCGCGACCCGCCCUUAGCUGGCUUUUAGAAGAGGAUUCUUUUUUUAUUCAUGAAUCAAGUUUUCAGUCCCGGAACUUGAAAGUCUUCACGUCAGGGGUAGUACAAACUAAAUUUUAUAAGAAUGCAAAAAGUGUGAAGGUAGUAGGGCAGGGACGGGUAGCUUGGGUACUCGGGUACUCAGGUCGGGUGGGUCCUGAGUAGGACCCGGGUACCGACAGGACUACCCGGACCCGUGGUUAGUCACGUGACAUAUUGUUUGAUGACAAAAACUCACUAUAGCUCAGUGGUUACACCACAAGUGGCUAAUAUUCGCAUUUCUUUCUGAUGAUGCACACAUUCCUUUUGACUCGUAUAUGUCUGAGUGAAGAUAAAGCUUAAGUCAACUUCAGUGCACUGAUCGUUAUAUCUAAAUAGCUUUGGCCAGGGCUGCGAUAAAACAAUUCCCAAUCAGACAUUUUGUUCCCAACUCCUGAGACCUGCAGUGGGUACCCGGGUAGGGCCGGGUAAUAGGGGAUCAGGUACCCGGGUAGGGCCGGGUAAUAGGGGAUCAGGU